AUGGAGGUUAAACCCAAAUCAAGAACAUCUUGCCUGAGUUCGCCUGUUCGCAGUGGACGAUCGAUCGCAGUGGCUGAUCAAUCGCAGUCGCAGUUCGCCGGAGUCGCCUGGAGUGCCUUCUUCUGGACUGUUCUACGAUUUAGGGCAACAAAAAACAUCCAAGCGAUGGUGCUGGUGGUGUCGAUGGGGGCGUAACAGAGAGAGAGAGAGAGUGAGAGUGGUCAGAAUUUUGAAUGAGUGAGAGGGAGGAAAAAAAAAAUAGAAGAAGAAGAAGAAACAGAAGAUAUAGCCGGAGAGGCAAGGCUCAUCUGACAGAAAGGGGGGAGGGGGAGGGAAUAAAAGAGAAAAGAGACCGAGGAGGUGAAUAUUGAUUGAGACGUCAGAAUUUUGGAGAAUAUUAUGUGUAAAAAAUGAUAAUUUUGGAGGGGUGGAAAAAUGUGGAUAAUUGUGGGUCGUUGAAUGAAAUGAAUUAUAAGAUUUUAUAAUUGGAUAUUAAAAUUUAAUUAGGCGGCGGAGUAAGAGACAUGACGCAAAUCUUGACCAACAAAAUCCAUUCAUAUGUCAUCAAAGUGGUAUUAGGACUUAUCUUGAAAAAAAAAUAUAUGAAAAAUGGUAUUAGAGCUUACCUUUAAAAAAAAUAUAUCAAAGUGGUCUUACGUCAUCUAUAACAUUUUGC